GACGAGCAGCCACUCAGUGCUGGGCUGAAGCUGAAGGAGCGCGGUGAGCUCCACAUUAGUGGAUAACAGGAUCGGGAUCUCUGGAGCGACGGAGACUCCUCAGCGCAGUCCGCUCAGGGUGACGACUGCAGCAGCCCCGCUACAGCUUGCUCCAAUAAGCGCGCAUGAAGUGAAACCAGCCGCGGCAACAUGCAUCUCUGAAAGCGUUCAGCGGGCAGUCUUUUGUCUAGCCUGAGGAGAGGAAAGUCUGCAAGCCCACUUUCCUUGCUCCACUGAGGUGAACUGAGCGCCAACAGAGCCUUUUUUCUACCCUGUUUUUCCCUUUCCCCCCUCGCUCUCUCUCUCCCUCUUCCGCCUCUCGCAGUCCAUUGCUCGAUAUUGGACAUUUUCUGUUUUUUUUUUUCUCUUAAGCGCCGCGGUUUCCCCGAGUCUACCUGUUUGCCCAGCACCCAUGAAUUCAGAAAAAAAUGUGUAUCUUGGGAAAGACAAAGGCAUCAUGCGGAAAAGAGCCUUGCUCCUUCGGAAGGGUUGCAGCUUCGAGAUUUCCAGCUCUGCCUCAGAGGACUUGGGGUGCAGGCGUGGAGACUUCAGCAGGAAACACUAUGGUUCGGUCGAGCUGCUGAUAUCCAGUGAUGCAGAUGGGGCCAUUCAGAGGGCGGGACGCUUCAGGGUGGAGAAUGGCUCCUCAGACGAGACUUUGGACUACACUCCAGGAACCUGGAGGAGAACCGAUGUCCAUCUGGAGAAUCCAGAGUACCACACCAGAUGGUUCUUUAAAUACUUUUUGGGAAAAGUCCACCAAAAUUAUGUGGGUACGGAUGCAGAGAAGAAUCCCUUCUACCUAUCGGUGGUCCUCUCGGACCAGAACAACCAACGUGUUCCUCAGUACCGAGCCAUCCUCUGGAGGAAGACGGGAACUCUGAAGAUCUCCCUUCCCUACAGCCCAACAAAAACACUAUCAGUCAAGUCCAUACUAAGUGCAAUGAACAUGGACAGGUUUGAGAAAGGCCCCAGGGAAAUCCUCAACCCAGAGAUUCAGAAGGACCUGUUGGUGUUGGAGGAACAGGAGGGUUCUGUCAACUUUAAGUUUGGUGUGCUGUAUGCCAAAGAUGGACAGCUCACAGAUGACGAGAUGUUUAGUAAUGAGACGGGAAGUGAGAACUUCGACAAGUUUCUCAGUCUGCUGGGUGAUACCAUUACACUGCAGGGAUGGGCAGGUUACCGAGGAGGGUUAGACACCAAGAAUGACACUACAGGAAUUAAGUCCAUCUACACAGUGUAUCAAGGUCAUGAGCUCAUGUUCCACGUCUCCACUAUGUUACCCUACUCUAAAGAGAACAAACAGCAGGUGGAGAGAAAGAGGCACAUUGGAAAUGACAUUGUUACCAUAGUAUUCCAGGAAGGCGAUGAUGCCUCGUCAUCCUUCAAGCCGUCUAUGAUCCGAUCACACUUCACCCAUAUUUUUGCAUUAGUUAGGUACAAUAGCCAGAAUGACAGUUACAGGUUAAAGAUCUUCUCAGAGGAAAGCGUUCCACUGUUUGGACCCCCUCUCCCAUCCCCGCCUGUAUUUACCGAUCACCAAGAAUUCAGGGACUUUUUAUUAGUCAAAUUAAUCAAUGGAGAGAAAGCCACACUGGAGACACCGACGUUUGCCCAGAAGCGUCAGCGGACCCUCGACAUGCUGAUCCGCUCGCUCUAUCAAGACCUCAUGCCUGACCUGCACAAGAACAUGUUAAACAGACGGUCCUUCAGCGAUGUGCUGCCCGAGUCUCCAAAGUCGGCACGUAAGAAGGAGGAGGCACGCCAGGCUGAGUUUGUCAGAAUAGGGCAGGCCCUCAAGCUGAAGACCAUAGUGAGAGGCGAUGCGCCAACUAGCCUCGUCACCACAGGCUUGUGCAGAAAAGAGCCAUGGGAGUCCCAGUUGUUCUGCAGCACAUUCCCCUAUGAUAUCGUGUGCGCUGACUCCUGGGGUCAGUCAGUGCUGGUUGCCACAGACGCAGCAGGGGUCAUGCUGCUCGAUGGCCCUGAUCCAGCAGGGUUAGGCAUUGAGCCACAGAGCCUUCCCCCAGUGCACGUGUUUGACAGAACCAUGGUGGUGAAGCAGAUGCACGUUCUCGAGCCUCAGGACCUGCUUAUCACCCGCACUGACAAAGGAAAGGAUGCUCGGCUUUAUGUGUUCAGACUCAGCACGAUCAAGAAAGGCCUGGAGGAGAGGCAAGUCAUCAGGGGCAAGUGCGACAGCCGGGAAAACAAACUGGAGAAAACGAAAGGUUGCCAUUUGUACUCUAUUAACACCCACCACGGCUCAGAGCUGAGGAUAGUAGCAGCCAUCAGGAACAAACUCCUCCUCAUCACCAGGAAACAUCCGCGUUUCAGCGCCGUCGCCACAGGAGCGGAUUCUCCAGUGGAGGAGUUUCAGUACAUACGGGAGAUCUGUCUGUGCGACCCGCCGGUGGUGAUGUCGCUAGUGGACGGUCCAACCGGGGAAAAUGAUAAUAUGAUUUGUGUGGCCUACAAACAUCAAUUUGACCUGAUCAAUGAGAGCACUGGAGAUGCCUACCGGCUUCAUCACGCAGAGGCCAACAGGGUAAAUUUUGUAGCGGCCAUUGAUGUGUAUGAAGACGGGGAGGCAGGUCUGCUGUUGUGUUACAACUAUAUUUGUUACUAUAAGAAAGUUUGUCCGUUUAACGGCUCCACACCGAUGAUCCAGUCCAACACCUCGGAUUUCCACUUCAGCUGGAACCAGAUGCCCAAUGCUAUUGUUUGUGCAUUUCCUUACAUCCUGGCCUUCACCACGGACUCCAUUGAGAUUCGACUAGUGGUCAAUGGCAAUCUUGUGUACACAGCAGUGGUCCCGGAGCUGCAGCUGGCUGCUUCGCGGUCAGACAUUUAUUUCGUUUCAUCGGCUCCAGUGAGCUCAGCCUCCAACUGCAGUUCGAGAGACACCAGUUCCCAGAGUUCCCCACAGACGCCCACCGGCUAUGAGAUGCCCAUGUUCCCCUCGCCGCUCGGUGAUGAUUCUAUACGGAUCCCCUAUGGUACCAAGCUUUCCCUGUACAUGUCUAAGGAUGCUGAAGGUGAAGCGGCAUGCAAGCACAUUUUUAAGAUCCCUCUGUGUAACUUGGUGGGCCGCAGCAUCGAAAGACCCCUGAAGUCCCCUCUGGUCAACAAAGUGCUGACGACACCAGCCCCCACCAUGGUGGCCCCAGCUCCCCUCAUCUCUGCAACACACUCGCUUUCCUUAUCCCGCAUGGAGAUCAAAGAAAUAGCCAGUCGCACACGGAAGGAGCUGCUCGGCUUGACAGAGGAACCAAGUGGGAAAUCAGACAGCGGAUCGGUGAAACAGAGAAAGAUGAGCAAAAAGAACACAGAGGACGAGCCCAAAGUACGAGCGCUGACGUCCACAAACAGCGACAGGCUAGCCUCACAGUCCAGCGAAGUGGAUCAGGAUGUCCAGCUGCACUGUUCGUCCAGUUCGGAGGCGGAGCCAGAGAAGGCGGUGCUGCAGCCAGAGAGCCCACCCCUUACCAGUGCGUUCUCCCUCUCCACAUCCUUCGAAGAAGAUGUCUUGGACCUAAAGUGAAGACAAUCCCAUUGUGCACUUCUCUGCCCGCCCACUUC